AGUCCACCACCACCUGCCCAAUUCCAAGCCAAAGUCAGCUUCGAUACCUUCUCCAAUCCUGCCGCGAGCGACUUCAGUCUGACACUGAACCGGAAACACCGAGACUAUGAAUACACGAAGCGAAGCCGGACGUUCCUCUGCGGCACAGAUACGAACGACUAUUCGGAUACAGCGUUAGAGUGGUUGAUUGACGAACUCGUGGACGAUGGAGACGAAGUGGUGUGUUUGCGAGUCGUGGAGAAGGACAGUAAAGAGGCGACCAAAUGGAGUGGAGGACAAGGCGAGAAAGGCUAUCGGCGAGAAGCCCAGCGAUUCCUGGAGGAGAUUGAGAAGAAGAAUACAGACGAUCGGGCCAUUUCGCUGGUACUGGAGUUCAGCAUCGGCAAAGUACAGGAUACAAUUCAACAGAUGAUCAGAAUAUACGAGCCGGCAAUCCUGGUCGUGGGAACAAGAGGAAAGAGUUUGACUGGAUACCAAGGACUCCUGAGCAGUGGAUCUGUGAGCAAAUACUGUCUGCAGUACUCUCCGGUACCCGUCAUCGUUGUGCGACCGAGCAGCAAGCGGGAAGCCAAGAAGCGGAAGCGAAUGCAAGAUCCGACUCGCAACGGGUAUCGAGACAUUUUGGACAAGUCG